CAAAACGUGAAUGAAGAAAUGGUCUGAGACAAAUAAAUUAUGAGGCAAGAAAGUAACAGAUGAGCAGAAUGAAUAUCAGACCUUCUUCUUUAUAUUUUUGACACAAGAAAUGAUCUGGUCUUUGAAUAGCUCUGCCAUCUCUAAAUGAAGAAAACAGCAUCUCCCAAAUUUCAGCAAUCUAGCCAAAGGAAACAGAAUCAUAAUCACCAAGUUCUUGCUACAGUCAAUGAUGAAGAGAGGCACAAUCCUAAGACCGGUUCUGCACUCAAGUCUUUCAAGAAUGCUGUGAAGAAAUGUGCACAGAUUUUUUCAUUGUUUCUCCUUGGCAAAAGAAAAUCAGCCUCUUAUGUUGUUGGAAAUGAUGACAGAAAAAAUACAUCUAAAGUCAGAGGGGUGGCAUCAUCAUCAACUGAUUUAUCUUCGGAGAGUAACACCAAGAAUUCAUCAAAAUGGAAGUUUUCUUAUUCCUACGCCUCAUCUAGCACUGCAAGUGGACAACUUGGAAUUGGCAACUUCUCCUUUGAAGAAAUUUACAAGUCAACUGCAAAAUUCUCACCAGAUAAUGAAAUUGGACAAGGUGGUUUCGGAACUGUCUACAGGGGAAAACUAAAUGAUGGAUCUAUGGUUGCCGUAAAGCGUGCCAAGAAGGAAGUAAUACACAGUCACUUACACGAGUUCAAGAAUGAAAUAUACACCUUGUCUCAAAUUGAGCAUCGGAAUCUGGUGAGGUUGUAUGGAUAUUUGGAACAUGGAAAUGAGAAGAUCAUUGUUGUUGAAUAUGUUGGUAAUGGUAACCUUCGAGAACACCUUGAUGGGAUUCGGGGAGAAGGAUUAGAAAUGGGGGAGCGUCUAGACAUAGCAAUUGAUGUAGCUCAUGCAAUAACUUACCUUCAUAUGUACACAGAUAAUCCAAUUAUCCAUAGAGACAUCAAAGCAUCAAACAUCUUAGUCACUGAGAACCUAAAGGCCAAAGUGGCAGAUUUUGGUUUUGCACGGUUAUCUGAUGAUCCUACAGCAACUCAUAUUUCAACUCAAGUAAAAGGAACAGCUGGUUACAUGGAUCCUGAGUAUCUCAGAACAUAUCAACUCACUGAAAAAAGUGAUGUUUAUUCCUUUGGUGUUUUGCUUGUUGAAAUGGUGACAGGAAGACAUCCAAUUGAACCAAAGAGACCCCUUGAUGAAAGAGUGACAAUCAGAUGGGCAAUGAAGAUGCUGAAACAAGGGGAUGCUGUAUUUACCAUGGACCCUAGGCUGAGAAGAAAUCCAGCCUCCAUCAAGGCAGUAAAACAGGUUCUCAAGCUAGCUUUCCAAUGCGUUGCUCCUUUGAAACAAUCACGGCCACCUAUGAAGAACUGUGCAGAGGUUCUGUGGGAAAUCCGCAAAAGUUUUAGAGAUGAAACCAAUUCUGAUCAUCCUUCUCUUCCUUCACACCAUUCUGCAGAUUUUCCUCAAAGGGAAAAGAAUAAGCAUACAGUGUUUGGCAUUGAAGAUGAUGACAGCUAUAAAUUUGUCUCUGUACCUAAUCAUAUUCAUUCAUAAAAUUUUGUUCAUUGUUUGUUCAGAGUUGUCAACAUCUUGUCAGUUUCGUUUAUUCCUGAUUGGCCUCAAUAUAAUUGUAAUUUCGGUGCUCAUGUGAUAUAGAUUCUAUUCAUAUUAGGUCUUUGAUUGAUGAAAAAAGGUUUAAACUGUUGAAUGCAAUUUAGAUUAUAUACAUCAGUGUGACUACAAGGAAGAAAAGAUGGCUGAAACUUAUCCAAAGGAUUUGAGAACCAUGUGGAUGGAAAUUAUAUAAAGGUAGCUUUAUUAAUGUUUUCUAUAAUUGUAAAUAAAA